AUGGGUAGGAGAGAGGAGCCUGCUUGGGCCCAGGGCACUGUCGGCCUGAUUGCGGCCAGGGAACGUGGGGAUGUGGACCGCAAAUUCAAGAAUCAUCUAACAGUGACUCGUAGUAUGAUAGACCGACUUGGGUUGGAGAAGGAGCUUCACGGACACAUGGGAUGUGUAAAUUGCCUAGAAUGGAAUUACGACGGCUCAGUGUUGGCGUCGGCAUCCGAUGAUCUUCACGUCAUCCUAUGGGAUCCGUAUCGCUACAAACAACUGCACAAAAUAGCCACAGGUCACACAGGGAAUAUAUUCUCUGUGAAGUUUCUGUCACAGGACACAUUGGUCACUUGUGCUGCGGAUGGCACAGUGCGUGCGCGCAGUGUUUCUGGCUCAUCCAUGUUUGAAUGUUCUUGUCACUGUGGUAGAGUGAAACGUCUGGCUUCUGCACCCGAUAAUCCACAUUUGCUUUGGUCUGCUGCGGAAGAUGGCCUUGUUAUACAACAUGAUGUACGCACCUCUCACCGGUGUAGCUCGGCGUCAGCUAACGUAUUAGUUAAUCUAAUAAACCAUCUCGGACGGUAUGCAGAGGCUAAAUGUGUGGCUGUGAAUCCGCGGAGACCGUAUCAACUGGCAGUUGGAGCGAAUGAUUUUUAUGUUCGUUUGUAUGAUACCAGGAUGAUAAAGCUGUCAAGGUUAGAGCCACGAGCUCUGCACUCCCAAUUACUUUUCGACCGUCAGAACGUGCUUUGUACCCGAGCGGGCCACGGAGACCCGGACAAUGACAUACCAAAAGAAGCCGUGCAGUAUUUUGCACCUGGUCACCUUUCAUUGGAUCCCCCUAACGACCACACAUUCCCAAAGAGAGCGACCACGUAUGUUGCCUUCAGUUAUGACGGAAAUGAACUACUUGUGAAUUUGGGCUCUGAACAGAUUUACCUCUUCGACAUAAACUCUGCCCGUCGACCUGUCCUUGUGGAGAGUUUCAUAAUACAGCACAACCACGCAUACCGUGAAGGUGAGGGCAAGCAGCAGCCGCGGAAUGGUACCACCGCUGCCACGGGAGCCAAUGGCACCAAUGGCACCGUCGAUCCACAACCCCAGUUGCCCGAUAGAGUGCGUCAGCUUAAAGAGCUGGCUAACGAGCUAGUUAACCAGGGCAAUUAUUCAGCAGCGGUGGAGUACUAUAACAGUGCGAUCGCUGAGUGCCCCGAUUGUGCUGUGCUGUAUUCUAAUAGAGCUGCUACGUUAAUGCGAAGAUGUUGGUCGGGCGACACAUACGCUGCUAUCAGAGACUGCUACAAGGCGAUAAAGCUGGACCCUAACAAUGUGAAGUCUCAUUUCCGUCUCGCUAAGGGCUUGAUGGACCUGAAACGAGCUCGGGAAGCCCACGAAUGCCUGCUCUAUUUCAAGGACAAGUUCCCCCGACAUGCGGCAAGCCAUGCCGUGUUUCUCCUGCAGAAGGACAUCAAUGUUGCCUUGGAGAAUAUGGAAACUCAGCCCGAUGAAGUUGGCACCUCCUCAGCUGACGAGAGCGAGAACACCAGCUCGCUGGAGCGCCAGCUGAGGGCCUCCGCGCUGGACUACAGCCACAGGUUCUUGGGGCACUGCAACACUACCACCGACAUCAAGGAGGCCAACUUUCUGGGGCCCGGAGCCAACUAUAUUGCUGCCGGUUCAGACGACGGCAGCAUGUUUAUCUGGUGCCGAAAGUCCGGGAAUAUCGUGAAGUGUCUCCGUGCAGACGAGUCGAUCCUCAACUGCGUUCAAAUGCACCCCUCCAUGUUCCUAUUGGCCACAAGUGGCAUCGAGGCUGUGGUGCGGCUUUGGAGCCCUAGGCCUGAGGACGAAUCCACGGAGUCACGUGUCGUGGGCGACGUGGGCUCUGCAGCCCAAGCCAAUCAGCAGCGCAUGCGCACCGACCCGUUCGAGGCCAUGCUCUUCAACAUCAGCUUCGCGGGUGGGGGGGAGCGCGACCUCCACUCCCCCGCCUGUCGGCCAACGUAA